CGAAAAAAGGAAUCAUUCAUAGAGACACGAGGUCGGUUUGUCUCUUGUGCUUAUUUUUACGACUUAAUUUUUAUUGGCUUUAUUUUUUAUUCAAUUUCGGUUCAAUUUUAUUUGUUUUUUUUUAUUCCCUACUUCAUUCGGUUGACUCUUUCUACUUGGCUUUGUUGUGUCGUUAUAAUUUUUUUAAUGGUUUUUUAUUUUUUGGUAUUUCUGAAUUAUAAUUAUAACUAA